AUGGUGAGGAAAAUCGCCGAACGCCGCGCGGCGAAAAAGUCGCCGAAGUCGCUGGCUCGCGGCGAAUUGGAGCCUGGCAGCAUUAGAAGCAGAAGAGAAAUAUAUGUUAAUAGGACUAUGUUAUCCCGAAGACACAAGCGCGCUCAGGCCCCAAAUAAAGCUAAGAAGAUUAACCAGCAGAAACUCAACCCACAGCAAGAGCAGGAGCUUAUACGAUAUAUUACCAAACUCAUAGAGAGAUAUCUACCCUCUAGUAGGGAGAUGAUUAAGAACUUCACCGCUACAAUAGCAAAAGAGCCAGUCAGCGAGAGCUGGGUUACUCGCUUCAUUACCCAACACAGUACCCAUCUCAUCUCGUAAUAGACAACUGCUGAAGAUAGCAAUCGCCACAAAGCUAGUUUAGGUGAUAAAUAUCGCCUCAUUUUCGAUCUCCUAUAAC